UUUCGUUGAGUUGUUGUUGUUUCUCUAAUCAAGAUAAUAGAGGCCAAACAUAAUGGAGGACGAUAGCUCUGACGAAGAUCUCAUGCAACCUGCUCUUCUGGUCGACGGUGAAGAACUCGGAGAUGAAUUUGAUCUCGACGUACCUCCGACAUCGGGCAGCGAAUAUCUCAAACGAGUCCGACAGGAAGCUAAAGGCUGUCCAAAAGUAGUGGUUGCUCAAGUGGAUCAGGCAAGAUUUCGUCAAACUGUUCUUAUAAAUCAGGCGACAAGCUGUCUGCCUGCUCCUAGAGGGUUCGCUUUUGACCUGGCUUGGCAACGUACUCAAGUUGCUAACUUUGCACAUCUGAGACAGAACUUGGCAAGACAAAAGGCUCUUCGGAAAAAGCAUUCCAUUGUUGAACAAAAGACAUUGCCUGCAGGCAAUGAUGUUGAGGGUUGGUGUCGUUUGUGUUUUGGGAGACUGCAACCACCAGGGUCAAGGCCACAGGAAGUGGUGUUAGAGGAAGGUGAAGAUCAGACAGAGACGGGGACACUUCCUUUCCUCAGCAUCGUCAUGGCAAUGGAUCAGUCUGUUCUUGUCAAAGUGCUGGAGUAUCAUGUUAACUGGUUUGAGGCCACUGGAUUUACAGAAAGACAGGGUUGUUGGUUCUAUGCCCUGCUAGCCUGCCUACAGAAACCUUUGAUACCUGAAGCCUGUUCACUUCUUCGUUCCCUAGCGAGAGGGGCAGCCAAUCUGAGAGCUACUCUGGACUCGGCAGAUAACCCGCAUCUGGUGCCACUGAACCUAUUCAUCUGUUUAGUGUCACAUUACUUCGACCAAUCAGAUUUAGCUGAUGCAGUAUCUUGACAUCGACAUCACAAUCUAAGUGCUUAUUGAAUUUUGUUUCAGUUCAUCCACAUCAAAUAAUACAGCAAACAGAAAUGCUGAAGAGUUGUCUGGAAAGAAAUUUUCAAAAUUUAAUUCACCCAUUCCUGAGGAAAAUGUGCUCCAUUUGUAAUAAGUGUAUCUAAGUUGCAUUUUUAGAGGAUGAAACUGUUGUGGAUUAAGUUAGAAUGGAUAAAAUAUCUGUGUCAAAUAAUGAGUAUGCAACUUUGUUCCAAACUGAAAAAACCUUAGAUUCAACAGAUAGUAGAGAAAUGAAGUCGAAGAUGAUUGAAAAGACUGUUAUCAGAAUGAGGAGUAUAGUGUUGGAAUGCGGAUAUUUAACUUGAUUGUGUAUGAAAACUUGGUAAAUGUGGUUAUGAAUGUAGGUAGUGUGACAUUGCUGUGUAUGCCACGAGAACAGUAAAGACUGUGAGUUUAUAUGUUUGUGUGAAAUUCAGAAACUUGUGUAAUGCUUCAUAUUGGUAAUGUUGCUGUGUAUGUAGUCCAUCGAAUAUUUGUUGUACAUGUAUGAUGGAAAGUGUAUGUGGAUGAUUGCUUUCUCUUGUAUGUAAAUCUAGAGUUGAAGUUAUGUGCAUUUUAACAUGGAAGUGUAUAUCAUGAUAUUUUAUAAUAGAAAAGUUGAACUCAGUUUUAGGAAAAAAUGUAUUUUAUGUUAAAUAAAAGCAUACUUAUUCA